UAACGUACCUUUAAACUUGCAAUGUAUUCAAUGUAGACUAGAUUGUCAGCUUAAGGUGAGUUUCUGAACUCCUUCCCCACCACCUAGGGAAAUGAUCGUUCUCGCUGAAAGCAAAUGUAUGUAUUAUCAUUAUACGGUGUUGUCUAUAACUUAAUAAGAAAGGCCAUGAAAUCUUGGAAUACAUUCAUACACUGGAGUAUUGACAGGAACGACAUACUGUUGAUUUGCAAGUGGGUCUUGUUUUGACGUGUUGACGUCACUCCUUCUCACGUACUGUGAAAGUUGUGCAGAUGACGUAUGCAAGAAGCGUGAUCUGAUUAUAGGCUACCAUGUCCAUUGCUAAUAUUUACCACGCUAAAGCUGAUGUGUUAGAUAUGUAGUAUAUCACACUGGCGCGACACUUUGUGCCAUCAUACGUGACACUCAUGUUAUCACACGGCUGGGUACAUAGAGCUCAUCUGUGAGGAGUAUGGGAGUGUGUCGGAAACUUGGAGUUGCUAAAAGCACUACUGUCAGGAGUAUGGAAGAGUGAUCGAAAGACACAUAUGGUCGAUACAGCAUUAUGGUGGGUAGAAACUGGGCAAGAAACCAUCCGCAGGUUGCUGUCAGAGGAGAGGCAUGAGCCGGGCAUGAACUCACUGCGACCGCAUUGUUGAGAGGUUCUUGGGCCAUUGUGCAAACCACCUGGGCCACGGAGACCACUUCAAACAGUUAUAACAGCGUCGUCGACCGCUUACUGUCAUCAGGACUCCUCGAACACCGAGACCAAGUGAAUGUACAAAUUUCCUGUCCUUGGGCAGGAUUGAACCUGUACUUUGUGUGUUUUUUGACUGAGAUGAGCACCUGGAGCUCUCGGACAAGACCCGUUUCCAGCCAUAUGUAUUAACGUUGUUCCAUGCCAGCAAGAACCCUAAUCGAUAUGUCCACAUGAAGUUUUAGCUUACUUGAUUCGUGUGGGUAGAAGCAAGUCAUCUCGAUACUGGGGUCAAGUCAGGACAGAUCAAGUCGAUGGGUCAAGUCAGAAAACGAGUCAAGGCAGUAGAGGGGUCUGGUCAACACACGAGUCGAGUCAACAUAUACUGACGUCACACAGAAUUACCAAGCCUGGGUUUAGCCGCAAGAUGUUAUAUGGAGUAAACAUGGAGUUCAACAUCAUAUCAUUUUUCAUCGAUCAACGAAUGUAACUAGUAUGCUACAUGUUUAUUUUCCAGUAUGAGGAGAGACUAUUUAACAUAGAGUCCCAACAGCAAAUCAUUAUGGGGUGUAUUCAAGCGUCACCUAAACGACCAGACGAGUAUCUUACACCAACACCUGAAGAUACAGACCCAGGUGGAAAUACCGGCGAUUCCCCCUCAAGUCGUCCAUUACCACCACCGCCUCCAUCUCCAAAACAGGACUCACGUGAAGUGAAAAUGGUGGUCGUGGCACUAUACGACUUUAACGGUCUGAGCGAAGACGAUCUUGCAUUUCGUAAAGGAGACCGCUUAGAAAUCUUCAACGGCAGCGACAUAGCCGGCGAUUGGUGGCUGGGACGUCACAAGAACUCAACUCAAGUUGGCUAUAUACCCAGCAACUACGUGACCGAAAACGUCGACAACACAGAAUCCCAAGAAUGGUUUGCUGCCGUACAAAGGGGUCAAUGCGAGAGAAUCCUCCUGGCAGAAGGCUUAAGGCGAGGAACAUUCAUGGUUCGCUACACCAAAGAAGAAAAUAUGUAUGCCCUGUCAGUUAGAGAUACCAAUAAAACAAACGGAAAAGCGGAUAUUAAACAUUUCAAGAUAAGGCGAACGGACACUGAUGGGUUUUGGAUCAGCCCUAAAUACUGCUUUGAUGAGUUAUCCAAACUCAUCGCCCACUACCAAGCGGCUGGAGGCCUUUGCUGUCUCCUCACAAAUCCUUAUCCCAAACAAAAACCUAUCAUCCCUUUUCGAGAAAUGGAAGUACCGAGGGAAUCUGUGAUAAUUACCAAAGAGCUCGGAGGAGGUUUCUUCGGACGAGUCUAUGAAGGAAAAUUGAAAACCCAAGACGUGGCGAUCAAGUCUUUGAAGGAAGGGAAAAUGUCGAAGAAACAUUUUUUGCGCGAGGCUAAAAUAAUGCAUGAGUUGCGACACCCGAAGCUUGUACAGUUGAUGGGAGUAUGUACAAUCGGGGAGCCCUUGUACAUCAUCACAGAACUGAUGGUUGGGGGCGAUCUGUUAACCUAUUUAAAAUCCGGACCUGGGAAGGAUACGGACUUAGUACAUCUGAUUGAUAUGGCUGCGCAAGUUGCAUCCGGAAUGUCGUACUUAGAGUCCCAUAACUACAUCCACAGAGACUUAAGAGCUGCCAAUAUUUUGGUGGGUUUAAACAACGAGGUGAAGGUGGCAGACUUUGGCUUAAGCCGAUUGGUGAGCAAGGCAACAAACGACGUCUAUUUAAUGUCAGGAGAUGCGAGGUUUCCGGUUAAAUGGACGUCCCCCGAGGCCGGUUUAAAGGGGACUUUUAGUAUCAAAUCGGACGUGUGGUCAUUUGGCAUUCUCAUUUAUGAGAUGGUUACAUUUGGUCGGAUUCCAUAUCCAACCUGGGGUGGCAAGCAGACUUUAGAAAUGACGGAAGCGGGCUACCGAAUGGAAAAACCCACUGAGGAAUGCCCGGAUGUGGUUUACGAACUGAUGCUUAAAUGCUGGGCACGUGAACCGGAAAGGCGCCCAACGUUUGCAUUCCUGACUGACUAUUUAGAGGACUUUAUGGUAUCAUCUCAAGCACCCUACAGGGAACUUGAUGACUGAACAAACAGUGUUGAAAGAAAAUUUAUACAGAAUCAUCGCAAUCACGUACAAGGAACUGGAUAACUUAACAAACAGCGUUCAAAGAAAAAUAUACGGUAUCAUCUCAAGAACCGUUUAUGGAAAUUGAUGACUAAACAAACAAUACUGAACAGUAUCAUCUCAUUCAGCGUACUAGGUAUUGGAUGACUAAACAGUGUUCAAAGAAAAAUAUACGGUAUCAUCUCAAGAACCGUUUAUGGAAAUUGAUGACUAAACUGAAAGUGCUCAAAGGGAAACUACGCAGUAUAACCGUUAUAACCGUAUAGGGAAAUUGACCACUAAAUAAAAAAAAGUGUUCAAAGAAAAUUAUAUAGUAUCAUCGAAAUCACCAUACAGGGAACUUGAUGACUAAACAAACAGUUCCAAAAGUUGACUGUACAGUAUCAUCUCAAAGAUCGUACAGAGACCUGGGUGAUCAAACAAACCAUUGCCAUUGCAUUUGGUUUUGGCACAUUCUGUGAUGCAUGUCGAUGCAUGUUGGCCUUUUUCAGUAAAAUCUCUAGUGAAAAAUCAUAGCAAUUCUUACUAAGAGUUACUCGAUCGACAACCUGGCGAUCUGUACAUCGGUUACCAUGCAGGAGGCGUGGUUUAUUCUUUUGUCACAAAAGUCGAGUUUGUAUAAAGGAACGAAUUCCUGAGAUAUACGUUGUGGGCAAAUUCUAUACCAGUACAUAUUCUUUGGUUCAGUCCCAUUUUGUACAUUUUUAUUAUUUUUGUGUAUGUAAAUUAAAUGUCGAGCUUAACAUGGGAGAAUGGGUGUGAACAGAAAUAUUCUUGGUGUGCAUAAUAAUCUCUUGCGUAUGAUGUGUCAGUGUAAAUUUCCAGUUAUCAUGCAAAUGAACGUUCUAUAUUACGGGAGAUGCGCAAUUUACAGCUGCAACAACAACAAAAAAACAAUAAUUUUUGUCUGUCUCCGUGCAAACUUCAGGUUGUGUUCCCCUUAUUUUUCAGUGUCAGUUUUUGUACUGAAAAUCUACCCAGUAAGAUGUAUCCACGUAAGUUUUCUGCUAUAUAAAAAUAUAAAUAACCUAGCACUCCAAAAAUUAAUCUGUUACAGAAAGCCUGUUUCUGAAUGAUGCUAGAAUGUAUUCUGCUUUCUGCUAUUAUAACAUAAUA